GGAGCUCCCACUGAUGAUGUGCGUCAUGCGGGCGAUUUAGGCAACAUUGUUGCUGGUCCUAAUGGGGUGGCCGAGAUAUCAAUUUCAGAUAUGCUGAUUCCGCUUAGUGGAGUACACUCCAUCUUGGGGAGGGCAGUAGUUGUGCAUGCUGAUCCUGAUGAUCUGGGAAGAGGUGGACAUGAACUUAGUAAGUCAACUGGGAAUGCCGGUGCAAGAGUUGGCUGUGGCGUUAUUGGGCUUCAGUCAUCUGUUUAGUACUUGUGUUACUCACUUCAUCAUGUUGCUCCUGUCAAAGUACUCGUUGUAGCUAUACUUAACUUUCAGACAUUCUUUACCUUUGUAUAUUAUCUUCAGAAAUUGGCAUCAGUAUCAGUUUAUCAUUAGGGCUGUAAACAUAGAAACUGCAUGCCUAAGAAUGAGGAUAAAUGUCUCAACAAUCCAAGAGAGAAUAUAAUUGUUGACUAGAAUGAUAUAUAGGUUGCCCAACGA